GUCGUCUUUCUCUCUUUCUUCUGGCCUCUCCCUUGAUUUUCCUCCUUCUAUCUGUCUCUUGGUUGAAUUCCAGUUCCCGAUCCUCUGGAAAGUCUUCCUCCUCCUCCUCUCCUUCCCCUUAACGCUAUCUGCGACAUCCCGCUUAAUUGUCCCUCCCCACUCCCUCCCUCUCCCUCCCCCCUGCACCGCCCAAUUUCUCCUCUCUUCUCCUCCACCUCCUCCCUCCUGAACUCCAAACCAUCCAUCCCGUUCACGGGCAUAUUGACCAUUAACUCUUCUUAAUCCUUCCUCUUUUCCUCCCCUUUAAACCUCUUCAUUCCCUCAUCACCGUCACAAUGGCCGCUCCUCAGUCCAAGUACGACGACUACGACUUCCCGACCACUGCGCCGGAAGCUCAGCCCGGCCACCCUGGUCACACUACCCCCGAGCAGGAUGAGAAGGUGCAGCAGCUCCGGUCCGAGCUGGAACAGCUUGGCUACACCGAGAGACUGGAUACCUUGACGCUGUUGCGUUUCCUCAGAGCCCGCAAGUUCGAUGUGGCUCUUGCUAAGACCAUGUUCGUCGACACUGAGAAGUGGCGGAAAGAUUUCAACACGGACGAGCUGGUCCGCACCUUCGAAUACAACGAGAAGGCCCAGGUCUUCCAAUACUACCCCCAGUACUACCACAAGACGGACAAGGAUGGCAGACCUGUCUACAUUGAGAAGUUGGGCAAGAUCGACCUUAACGCCAUGUACAAGAUCACCACCGCCGAGCGCAUGCUCCAGAACCUCGUGACCGAGUAUGAGAAGCUUGCCGACCCCCGUCUGCCCGCCUGCUCGCGCAAGGCUGGUAAGUUGCUCGAGACUUGCUGCACCAUCAUGGACCUCAAGGGCGUCGGUAUCACCAGCGUUCCCUCCGUGUACGGAUACGUCAAGCAGGCAUCUGCCAUCUCUCAGAACUACUACCCCGAACGUCUGGGCAAGCUCUACCUGAUCAACGCCCCCUGGGGUUUCAGCAGCGUGUUCAACGUGGUCAAGGGCUUCCUGGACCCCGUGACCGUGAACAAGAUCCACGUUCUCGGCUCCGGCUACAAGAAGGACCUGCUGGCUCAGGUUCCCGCUGAGAACCUCCCCGUUGAGUUCGGCGGUAGCUGCUCGUGCGCUGGCGGCUGCGAGCUCAGCGACAUGGGCCCGUGGCAGGAGUCCGAGUGGGCCAAGACCCCCAAGUGGGCUGCCCCGAAGGAGGAGACCAAGACUGAGGCCGCUGUGGAGAAGGAGAUUGAGGCUCAGGAGGCCGCUCAGCCCACCGCAUAAAGGCAUUGUUUCUUCUACCGUCGGUUUUCUCGUUCUAUAUUUUGGAUCAAUAUGGUAAAAGCUUCGGGCACUAUCUUGCCAAUCUAUAUCCCUUCUUUUGUUUUUAGAGCUGUGUUGCUGGGGGAGGAUACAUCACGGAUGUCUUCUCUAUUUUCUUUCGAGGUUUGUGCAGG